UCCUCCCAAAGCUUGAAGGUGGUUAUAAAAGGCAGAGUGAGCUCACAGCCUUCACUCUUGGUGGAACAAAGGGAAGAUACGUGAACACACUCUUUGUUUUUUGGUACAUUUACAUUAAAAUACAGUAAAGUUUAUCAAAACAAGAAGAUUAAGUGAGAAGCAGUAGAUUAUUUGUCAGAAGUGAUACUGACACCAACAUGCAGUACAGCUGGGCUGAAGAUGACUUUGAUGUGCCGACUGGGGUUGGCCGACUUGGGCUCUCUGCGCCAGGUGAUAAUGGAAAGUAUGUCAUGUACCAUGGCACUACCAAGGCCAUUGCUCAAUCAAUCCAGGCGACAGGUUUUCGCCAGUCUACAGGCGGGAUGCUCGGCCGCGGCGUCUACCUCAGCAGAGACCUGCUGAAAGCUAGCCGUUAUCCCAUUGGUUACCCAGAGCAUGACAAGGCUGUCAUUAAGUGUUUGGUCAAAGUAGGGAAAGUGAUCAAGAUCGAUGACAAACGCCAUCCAAAGCGGAUGACCUGGCACGACCACGGCUUCGACACCGCCUGGGUGCCCCCCAACUGUGGGAUGGUGAAGAGUGGUUUGGAGGAGGAUUGUGUCUGGGAUCCUUCUCGAAUUACAAUCAGUAAAAUCAUCGACCCCAAACCAGUACCAACCGGUGCACGUGGCUACAUGUGUGAUACUGACACCAACAUGCAGUACAGCUGGGCUGAAGAUGACUUUGAUGUGCCGACUGGGGUUGGCCGACUUGGGCUCUCUGCGCCAGGUGAUAAUGGAAAGUAUGUCAUGUACCAUGGCACUACCAAGGCCAUUGCUCAAUCAAUCCAGGCGACAGGUUUUCGCCAGUCUACAGGCGGGAUGCUCGGCCGCGGCGUCUACCUCAGCAGAGACCUGCUGAAAGCUAGCCGUUAUCCCAUUGGUCACCCAGAGCAUGACAAGGCUGUCAUUAAGUGUUUGGUCAAAGUAGGGAAAGUGAUCAAGAUCGAUGACAAACACCAUCCAAAGCGGAUGACCUGGCACGACCACGGCUUCGACACCGCCUGGGUGCCCCCCAACUGUGGGAUGGUGAAGAGUGGUUUGGAGGAGGAUUGUGUCUGGGAUCCUUCUCGAAUUACAAUCAGUAAAAUCAUCGACCCCAAACCAGUACCAACCGGUGCACGUGGCUACAUGUUGAUACUGACACCAACAUGCAGUACAGCUGGGCUGAAGAUGACUGAAAUGCUGCCUGGGGUUGGCCGACUUGGGCUCUCUGCGCCAGGUGAUAAUGGAAAGUAUGUCAUGUACCAUGGCACUACCAGGGCCAUUGCUCAAUCAAUCCAGGCGACAGGUUUUCGCCAGUCUACAGGCGGGAUGCUCGGCCGCGGCGUCUACCUCAGCAGAGACCUGCUGAAAGCUAGCCGUUAUCCCAUUGGUCACCCAGAGCAUGACAAGGUCGUCAUUAAGGUUGUGGUUAACGUAGGGAGAGUGAUCGCCAUUAAUCACCAAUACCAUCCCCAGCGGAAGACCUGGCACGACCACGGCUUCGACACCGCCUGGGUGCCCCCCAACAGUGGGAUGGUGAAGAGCGGUUUGGAGGAGGAUUGUGUCUGGGAUCCUUCUCAAAUUACAAUCAGUAAAAUCAUCAACCCCAAACCAGUCCAAACCUGGCUGACUACAUGUGAUACAAAGUAAAUUACUUUUGAAUUGUGUAACUGUGUCAUUGUUACAUGGCAAAAUAAAUGGUUCAUAUUAAA